UGGGCUGCAUCAUCUCUGGGAGCCAUGAAGCUCAGAGUGGUGCCACCACUUCCCUGCAGCUCUCUUCAUCCAGGGAUCAGCAUGACAAACACCUGCUGCUUGUUUGUUCUCUUGUCCCAUCCCCAAGCAGCCAUGUGCACACAGAUGUCUGCUUUUGUUUAAACAAGAAAACAUAACACUUUUGUUUGUUUUUUUAACCUACAGAUCUUUAAGUGGGUGUCAUGAAACCUUUAUAGUGGAAGUGAAGUACAUGAGGUGUGAGGGAAGAAGCAGCUGAAGAGACAGGGGACAGAAAAGCGAACCUCUUCAGCUCUCCACACUCCACACUACAGCAGCAUCACCUGCAGCUCACAGAGGAGAGACAAACACAUGGAAACAGCAGCAAAAGGUGCAUCUUAACUGACCUCUGAAGAGCUCAAAGAAGUCAAAGGCACAAAGGGUUCUCAUGGGCAUCACAGCAGUAGAAACGGUGUCAAUCAUCAUCAGCAUCGUCGCCGUCAUCAUGGCACAGCCUGUUUUGCUCCAGUCAACAGAACAAUGCAUCAGGUCGUGACUUGAUAGCACGUGGGGCUGUGCGGGAGCUCCCACGCGUGCAGAGCGUGGGCUGGGCAGGGAGCCGGGCAGCCCUGGGGCUGCGGGAAGGAGGAGCCGGGCAGCACCGGGGCUGCGGGCAGGAGGAGCCGGACAGCACUGGGCAGCGGAACCCCACUGAAGCUGCCGAGGAAAUAAUGACUCACAGAAUGUUUCUGUGGGUGCAUCCACCAUUGCUUUUUAAUGCUGGUAUUCACUCACACAGGGAGUAAAACCAAUAGGAAAUUAUAGGAGUGCUCCAACCCACAUUUUGAGCAUGUAGCUCCCUGUCCCUUGCCUCUUUGUGUCCUCUGCUCUCUGGUGUGUCUUGCUGGAACUCAGGUGCAAGAUGCCUGUCCCCUCACACAUUCAGGGAGGCCAUCAACAACUCUUUAUGGAGAGGUGAGUAUAUACCUGUCACUGGGAGAAACAGUGCAGGUCCUUACUGUGGGAGCUGCCCCACUGCUGCUCUCCGCUUCUCCUGCACCCCUUGGCCCUGCCAGGCAGGUGCAGGAGGCCAUGGCAGACCUGGCACAAGCUUUCUUAUCCCUCAAUUUCCUUUUUCUCCCUACUCACCAUGGGUCUUAGGGUAUGUGCUUAUGCUACUGACUGUACCAGUGGACAACCUCAGAAGUAGAGAAGAUGCCAGGCAGGACAGUAUCCCCUGUUAGCCUGCAGCCCAGACAGGCUGGCAAAGCCCAGCCCUGGCUGGAGCUAAACAUGGCCUCAUUUCAUGGCAGAACAAUUCCUCUUUGUGCAGCCUGCUCUCCCAGAACAAUCCUCUGCUCUGACAAUAUCCUUUCUAUGGCUUAGUCCCUGCAGAGUGGUCAGCAACGUGCUCAGCCUGAUGCCUGGCAGCUCACACCCCACUGCCCCAUGGCCAAGGUGCAGCACCUGGGAGCCCUGCCCUGGGCAGCCUCUGUUGAGGACUCUGUGGCCACUUCAGAUCAAAGCAAAGUCUUCUCAGGAAAGUCCCCAGCACAGCCUGGAGCACUUGGGAGGGUUUUUUUCUUCUACUUUUGCCUAUUCCAUGGAGCUGCAUGGCAUUGCUGUUCCACAAGUUAGGAGGACAGCCCUGGGGCACAGUUAUGGAGCAUGAUAUAUGGGUGCCAAGUCACCAAAUCUGACUGUAAUCCCAACUGCCUGAGUGAAGAAGUCACCCAGCUUUGCCAAGCUGCUCUCUUAGGCUCCAGGCAGUCCAGGACAGAUUGCCAGAGAUUAUCAACUCCUGUGGGCUUUAAAUCAGAGGUAAAAUGAAAUGACUGUAUGGAAAGGGGAUUCUGGGGAUGUGCAGGACCAUAGCUUUCUCAUCACCUGCAUUUUCUCUCUUCAGGAGCACCUGCCCAUGAGACAGCCUUGAAAGGUCCCUGAGAAGGGGCAGUUUCCAGGUCCCUACCAGAGCUCCCGUGGUUUUCUGCUGAGGUGUACUGCAUGUGGCCAGUCCCCAAUACUUGCACAGUAAUCAAGGAUUCCUGUUGAGCUGCAUGUGCUGGAACCUUCAGACCUCCUGACCCUUUCCAGCCUCCUGCCAGUCCACGCUGGGCCUUGAGGUGGCCCUGCCAUGCCUGUUGCCAUGCAGAGACACUGAAGAAUGGGCUCCUCUGGGCUUUUAGUAUCCUCAGACACCUCGCUGUUGCUCUGCUUCUUUCCCUUCCCCCACCCCAUGAUUUGUUGGAUUUGAAAUAAGUACCAUUAUUCCAUAAGAUUUUCCUAUAGGCCACAGGAACAAAUAAGGAUGCUUUAACAGGUCCAGGGUGGGUUGAGACUUCUGGCACAUCUGUGGAGGAUCCCAUGGUGUCCUGUAUUGCUGGCUUGAUGUUGCCAGCCCAUGGAGGAGGAUGUCAGGCUCAUGUUGGAGAGACUGCUAUGCAGCUGACAAAGAAUGCUUGUCCCAGCAGGAAACAACAGUCAUACGUGCUGCCCACCCCGGCUGGUAGGCAAAGUCCAGCAAUUAUACACACCGGGGUGAAAGUCUGCCGUCAAAGCUCCGGUGCAGCACCGCAGUGCCGGUAGGCUUGCGGGUGAUGGCUGAUGCUUCCACCCCUCCUUUCAUCUCACGGAAUGCCUUCUCGCAGGGAUACUGCCACCACCAUGGAGGGGAUUGUGACUAUGUACCAGGACUUCAUGAAGAAAGCAGACCCCCGCAUCGCUGAUUAUCCACUGAUGCAGUCUCCAUUCCUUGUGAUGGGCAUCCUUCUGGGAUAUGUCUACUUUGUCCUAUCCUUGGGUCCCCGGCUAAUGGCAAACAGGAAGCCUUUAAACCUGAAGAAAUUCAUGGUGUUAUACAACUUCUUUCUGGUGGGACUCUCCCUUUACAUAGUCUAUGAGUUCCUGAUGGCAGGGUGGCUUACUGGGUACACCUGGCGAUGUGACCCUGUGGACUUCUCACAGGACCCCAAGGCCCUCAGGAUGGUUAGUGUUGCUUGGCUCUUUGUUUUCUCCAAGUUCAUCGAACUGACAGACACGGUGAUCUUUGUCCUGCGGAAGAAGAAUGAACAGGUCACAUUCCUGCACCUUUUCCACCACUCUGUUCUGCCAUGGAGCUGGUGGUGGGGAGCGAAGUUUGGUCCAGGGGGAAUGGGCUCAUUCCAUGCCAUGAUCAAUUCCAUGGUGCAUGUUGUCAUGUAUUUCUACUAUGGGCUCUCAGCAGCAGGACCUGCCUUUCAGAAGUACCUGUGGUGGAAGAAGCAUAUUACAGCCAUCCAGCUGGCACAGUUUGUGAUUGUCUCCGUCCACAUCUCCCAGUAUUACUUCAUGCCCAACUGCCAAUACCAGUUCCCCAUCUUCAUUCACCUUAUUUGGAUUUAUGGGACCAUCUUCUUCAUCCUCUUCUCCAACUUUUGGUACCAGUCCUACACCAAGGGCAAACGGUUGCCCAGGGUGGCUCAAGAAGCAGCCCAGCACAACGGUAGCAGCAUCCAUGAAAAUGGCACUGUCACCAAUGGCAAGGUCAAAGCCAACUAGAGGGUAAAGUGCUCCCAGAGCCAAUGAGAGCCCCGGGGCAGAGGCAGCUGGGACCUGUCCCUCUGCUUCUGGGUGCCACUAGCCAAGUCAAGUGCCUACAGACUGUUGUACCCCUGUGCCCAGUCCUGCUGUCCCCUGUCUGCACGCUCAGCCCCUCUGCUCUGAGCAGCAACGGCCACUUCUAAUCCUGGGAGGGCUUGUGCUGUUUCUCAGUGUUGCUGAGCAGAGAGGCAGCUGCCUGCAUUACAGCUGUGGGGCUGCAGUCCCAUUCCAGUGUUUCCAAAGGAACUUUCCCCAAGUGCCUACAUCUGGCUCUUCUGCCUAGGGGCCAUUUCCUUCUGAGUAGGACCAAAAGAAGAGACUGCUUCCUGUCCUGGUGCCCUCUCCUCUUCCCUGUCUCACAAGAGCUUGUGUGGACAAGCAGAUUUGUCCCUGGCUGCUUGUUACUGCCAGCUCAUGUGUGAGUGCUCCUGCUCUACGAUGCCUUGUGCCAUUUUGUUACAUGCCACAGUGCUGCAUUUCCCUUCUGGUCCCUGUGUGCCCAGCCUGGGAGUCCUGCCCUGGUAUAUCUGUGCCCAGGUGUCUGUGGAGAACAUAGGGGCAGUACUUGUGGGACUUAAGGGCCCAGACCUGCCCAGUACGGUACACAUGCCUGUGCCUAAUACAUAGCAGGGGCUGUGAAAGCAUGAAAGGCUUCCCCCACAUGGUAAGUCCAGGCUGCCUUGCUGUUCUUGUGCCUGGGCUGGGUGCUCAGUGUGUGCUUAAGCCACACUUACGUGAUCCUCUAUGGCAGCUGGUGGCUUGCUCCAGAGUGGGGGAGACCAAGCUCAGCCUAGUCUUGGACCUCUUCCUUUCCUGUAAAUUCAAGACUUGAGAGCAAUAGGUGCCCCUAAAAUCAGCUCCUGGGCUCUCCUGCUUGGGACCAGUCCUGCUCUGGCCUAGCCUGAGCAUAGUGGAAGGUGGUUUUAGUGUGCUCAGCUGUGGUGCAAGAGUGAGUGCCUGUUGCCUCUGUGGAUCUGACUGGGCCUGUGUGAAGAUGUGCUCUGCCCUUCAGCAGGGCAGUGCUAGCAGCUCUCCUGGCCUGGUGCCUGUCACCUGCUCUGGCUGUAACCAAAACAUGCUGAUGGCCCUGAGGACGAGGUGAAGGAGCCAGGCCCUGUCACAUUGGGCUGCUCUUCUAUCACAAAUAAACAAACAGAAGGAGAAAUGGCUCUGUCCUCUUGUUUUCUUGGCUUAAUGUAAGCAAAAGCUGUUCCAGGUGCUUGCUCCUGCCCAGGGUGUUUGGAGGCAGGGCUGGGAGAAGCAGCUGGUGUAGCAGGUUUGUGCUGGGGGAAGAGGGUGAUAGUUGUGUGCUGAUGAAGCAGAUGGCAGAUUGUUUCCAAGUGUUUUGGUAGAGCAGUGCUCAGGGCUGAA